AUGGAUGAAGAUCAAUGGGCAUAUUACAGUACGAUGUCCGAAGAAGUUGAUAUGGAUUUUCAAGAUGAACAAGAUUAUGGUGUGAAUGAAGGACAUGUUGAUUGUUCAAACGCUUUUAAUACUUCUCAGGUCUUUGCAACCCGAGAAGAUGUUUUGCAGUGGGCUCGAACAGUUGCCCAUGAAAACGAUUUUGUUGCAGUAAUUAUGAGGUCUGAUACAUAUACUGGUAGUAGAGGAAGAACUUCAUUUGUGUUAAUUGGGUGUGAAAGGAGCGGUAAGUACAAGUGUAGGAAGAAAGAAUUUGUUAGAAGAGACACAGGCACUAGAAAAUGUGGUUGUCCCUUUAAGAUUUGUGGAAAACCAGUGCAUGGAAGUGAAGGUUGGACGGUAAAGUUGAUAUCUGGGAUUCACAACCAUGAAUUGGCGAAGACCUUAGUUGGACAUCCAUAUGCUGGGAGAUUGACAGAUGAUGAGAAGAAUAUCAUUGCUGAUAAGACGAAGUCAAAUGUGAAACCAAGAAACAUCCUGCUAACAUUGAAUGAGCACAACGCCAAUAGUUGCACCGCAAUCAAACAAAUCUACAAUGAAAGAAGUGCAUAUCGUUCUUCAAUCAGAGGAGAUGACACUGAAAUGCAACACCUAAUGAGGCUCCUUGAACACAGUACCUACAAAACAAAUAGGUACAGGCUCCCAUUGCUUGACUUUGUGGGGGUGACACCAACCAGGAUGACUUUCUCUGCUGGACAUAGACCUAGCCCUGAUGAAUACUGUGAAAGUUGUGUUUCCAGAGUGUACGAAUUUGUUGUGCAGGUUUCACAUAGACAAGAAUGUGAAGACAAAGUGAAAAUCGCUAAUUGGGUUGAAUCUGCUCAUUGGUCUCUGAAAAGGGUAUUACAAAAUAGCGUUGGAGACCUCUGUAGUAUUUGGGAUGCAAUGAACAACAUGAUGACGCUGCAGCACACUGAAAUUAGAGCAUCAUUCGAAACAAGUACGCAUGUCAUUGGUCAUGUUUUUAAGAAAACCUUAUACAAAAGGCUUCUGGGAAUGGUGUCAAGGUACGCUUUAAAUGAAAUUUUGGUUGAGUUUGAGCGCGUACGUCAUUUCAAAGACAAUCUGUCUUCUUGUGGUUGUGUCUUGAGAACCACGCUAGGUCUUCCUUGUGCAUGCGAGCUACAAAGGUAUGAUGGUGGCAGCAUCCCACUGGAUGCAGUCUAUAUGUACUGGAGGAGACUUAGUUUUUCAGACCAGGGGCUAUGUGAGGCCGAAGUGAGCAUCAAGGAAGAGAUGGAUAGAAUAUAUAAAAGAUUCGAGGAACUUGAUGUUUGCGGGAAAGUUACUUUCAAGAGUAAACUCCGAGAAUUCGCAUUUCCCGAUGAGACCUCUAUGUGUCCUCCUCCAACAAAGGUUAAGACGAAAGGUGCCCCGAAGAAAGUAAUGAAAAGAAGCAAAAGAUCGACAAAGCGUGAUCCAUCUUAUUGGGAGUAUGUUAAUGCUUAUCAUUCGAUUCAAAACAGCAACACCUUAGUCAGACCAAGUACAUCAUCUUUUGAACCACCGAAGCCAGCAAGGAUGAUCCCGAUGUUGGAUCAAUUUGCGCCAUUUAUGCAUGGUUUCAUUGAGGACGUUGUUGAUGUGAAAGUAGAUGGUAAUUGUGGAUAUCGGUCAGUUUUCGCUUUGUUAGGUAUGGGAAAAGAGUGUUGGACCGUGAUGCGUAACGUAUUGAUUAAAGAACUUGGCAAAUGGUCGCAAGACUACAUAAAGAUCUUUGGUGGCAUGGAGAGAUAUGAACAGCUGAGGUUGUCCCUACACGUGGAUGGGUUAUCCAAGUAUGGACAAAUGGAUGGAUAUAACGGAUAUGAGAUAUGUUUAUCUGAAAGAUCAUUGUCCCUUACCGCCUAUGGCGUUGUUGUGGUCAAGCAAUUCGUAUCUGGACGCAAAACAGUGGCCAACUGCAUAUGUAGGUAG